AUGUCUGAGUUGUUUCCCACAAAGGUGCCACCUACUCAGUUUUUCGGUGUCGAUGGUCGGUACUCCACCGCCCUUUAUUCUGCAGCUAUUAAGUCAAAAACUCUCGAGACGGUUGAAAAGGAUCUGCUUAAAUUAAGGGAUACCCUUGCCAAAGAUGCCAAACUGCGACAAUUUUGUCACGACCCAACAAUCAAGCGUCAUUCUAAAGUUCAGAGUUUUGGCAAUGUCCUAAACAAACUGGGUUUAUCCAAGCAGACUGGCAACAUGCUGCUAAUUUUGGCUGAAAACGGGCGGUUGAAUUUAAUUGACAAAGUGAUUGACACAUUUGAGCAAAUUAUGACUUCCCACCGUGGCGAAGUGGCUUGUGUAGUGACAACAGCCAAGCCUCUGGACCGAACAACUGAACGCGAGGUCGCAGCUGCCCUUGAGGCGUUCCUUGAAAGGGGACAAAAGCUUAAUCUCUCUCUCAAGGUCGACCCUGAACUGAUUGGCGGCAUGGUGGUGAGCAUUGGCGACAAGUAUGUGGACAUGUCGAUCUUGCGAAAAUUGCGCUCCUACAGGGCUGUCCUUGAACAACCGGUUUAA